UCACUUUGUGAAGGGUCCGGGCGCGUCGUCCUGGGGCGAGGGGAGGCGUGUGCGCUCCGUGCCGCGGGCUGCUUGAAACCUGGCCAGGGAUCCCGCGAGGAGGUCCUCCACUGCCCUGAUGCGGAAGUGGCGUGAGGAACCCCCCCCCCCCCGCGCCCAUCUCUUCCUUUGCUGUUCCAGUUCCUGGUGGGCUCAUGUGGAGAUGGGACCCCCCGACCCCAUUCUGGGCGUGACGGAAGCCUUCAAGCGAGACACCAGCAGCAAGAAGAUGAACCUGGGAGUCGGGGCUUACCGGGACGACAACGGGAAGCCCUACGUCCUCAACUGUGUCCGGAAAGCAGAAGCCCAGAUCGCUGCUAAGAAGCUGGACAAAGAAUAUUUGCCUAUUGCGGGUUUGGCCGAGUUCAACAAGGCGUCGGCCCAGCUGGCUUUGGGAGACACCAACGAGGUUAUUCAGAGCGGCCGGUAUGUCACCGUGCAGACAAUUUCCGGAACAGGAUCUCUGAGAGUUGGUGCUAACUUCCUCCAACGGUUCUUCAAGUCCAGCCGCGACGUGUACCUGCCCAAGCCAUCCUGGGGGAAUCACACCCCCAUCUUCAGAGACGCUGGGAUGCAGCUGCAAAGCUAUCGCUACUAUGACCCCAAAACCUGUGGCUUUGACUUCACCGGGGCCUUGGAGGACAUUUCUAAAAUCCCAGAGCAGAGCAUUGUCCUCUUCCACGCCUGCGCUCACAACCCCACCGGAGUGGACCCUCGGCCAGAGCAGUGGAAGGAGCUGGCGGCGGCUGUGAAGAAAAGGAACCUUUUUGUCUUCUUCGACAUGGCCUACCAAGGCUUUGCCAGCGGGGACAUCAACCGAGAUGCCUGGGCCGUCCGCCACUUCAUCGAGCAGGGCAUCAAUGUGGUCCUGUCCCAGUCGUAUGCCAAGAACAUGGGCUUGUAUGGGGAGCGUGUGGGCGCCUUCACUGUGGUUUGCAAGGACUCGGAGGAGGCCAAGCGGGUGGAGUCGCAGCUGAAGAUCCUCAUCCGCCCCAUGUACUCCAACCCCCCCAUCAAUGGGGCUCGGAUCGCCUCCACCAUCCUGAACAGCCCUGACCUCAGACAGGAGUGGCUGGUAGAGGUCAAGGGCAUGGCCGACCGCAUCAUUGGCAUGCGCACCCAGCUGGUGAGCAACCUGAAGAAGGAGGGCUCCUCUCAUAACUGGCAGCACAUCACCGACCAGAUCGGCAUGUUCUGCUUCACGGGACUGAAGCCCGAGCAGGUGGAGCGGCUGACCAAAGAGUUCUCUGUUUACAUGACGAAGGACGGCCGCAUCUCCGUCGCGGGAGUCACCUCCGGCAACGUGGCUUACCUGGCCCACGCCAUCCACCAAGUCUCCAAGUAGAGGGAGAACGGAGCCGGAUGGAUCCCAAGGGCCUCUGGACACUUGGGCCUUGCCUGGCGUUUGGGGAGGGUCGGGGAGGAGGUGGCCUUCCCUCAGUUUCUCAUCUUCGUGGAAUGUGAUUUCUUUCUUUGGCGGCUGCUGCUGCCACCUCCCUCCCUCCCUCCCUUAAAAGGCAUCCCUGUGCGAUUUAACCAAAACCAGAACAUUUUUGUGCUUUUGUUAAGUGAUUGUGGUGGAACCAGUACGGCUGCUUUGGUGAAGAUGGAACAGGAGGACUCCUCCCGACUGUCUUUCACCGAGUUAGAGUAGAACAAGCCUUUCCCUGCCUUCGGAGGGGGAGGGAGAGGGUGUCUAUGGGAUGCCCCCUUUUCCCCCACCCCUGAUCCCCGCAUCACAGAAGGGCCUCAGACUCCACCAGCGC